AUGUCUCAUAGUGUUUCUGGAAAACACUUUUUUAUUACUUCUAUUUAUGCUAAGUGUACUGCUGCUGAAAGGAAAGAUCUUUGGUUCAGUUUGGAGAAUGUUUACCUACAGGUUGAUGGACCUUGGUGUUUAUGUGGUGAUUUUAAUGUCAUCCUUAACCCUACGGAAAAACUUGGUGGCAAACCUCAUAGAAUGUAUAAGAGCUUGGAUUUUAGUAGUUGUAUGGACAACUGUGAACUCACCGAUAUUGGUUUUAUGGGACCAAACUUCACCUGGUGCAACAAUAGAAGACUUGUGAAAAGAAUCUGGAAAAGGCUUGAUAGAGUGUUUAUCAAUGAUUCUUGGCCUAAUUUCUAUCAGAUGGUGGAGAAGACCUAUAAUGUUCGAAUUUUUGGUAACCCAAUGUGGAUACUCCAGCAAAAACUCAAAAUCCUUAGCAAGAAACUCAGUCAAUGGUCCAAAGAUGUUAUUGGUAACGUGUAUGAUGAAGUCAAUAUGUGGGAAACCAAGAUGCAUGAUCUGGAAAACUUGGACAGUUCUAUUAACACUGAACAAACUAGAGAGACCUCAACAAAGGUAAUGCCGAAUACAUUAGAUGUCGGAUAUGCAAGACAAGCUUCUAAAGUAAAAGCUCACAUCAAAUGGACCGAAGAAGAGGAUAGAAAUAGUAAAUACUUUCACUGUUUGAUCAGGGACAGAAGAAGGAGACUGCAACUACACAGAAUCAAAAACAGUAAUGGCAAUUGGGUACAAGGUGAUGAGGGUAUCUCCAAGGCUGCUAUACAUCAUUUUGAACACAUGUUCAAUCUCAACCACAACUUCAUUGAUAAUGACAUUCUUAAUGUGAUCCCUAACUGUAUCAAUAAUGAUGAUAAUGAAGCUCUCAUUGCUAUCCCUGAUAUGGAAGAGAUCCGAAAUGCUGUUUUCAUGUUUAAUUGA